AUGACAUUGAACUUAGCUAACAUCCCAAUCCUCACUAGAGGAAGUAAUUACAAGAAAUGGAGACGUGAUAUUGGAUUGCUAUUGACUAUAAAUGAGUAUGACAUUGCCAUUGAUGCUCCAAAACCAAUAAUCACAUACCAGAGUACUAGAACAAAGAAAGCAGACCAUGAAAGCUGGAUGAGAGUCAACAAGGUGGCACCCUCCAUCCUGGAAAGUGGCAUAAUUGAUACAGUUCGUGGAGGCAUCAAAAGACAUGAAUUAGCUGCUGAAUAUUUAAGUGCAAUUGACAAGAAAUUCAAGGAGUCUCAAAAGGCUGAAAUCAGUCAAUACAUGGCCUUACUGACAACCUAUAAGAUUGAUAGUACUGGUUCAAUUCGAGAUCACAUACUGAAGAUGAGCAAUGCUGCUAAGAAGUUAAACUCAAUGGAUGUUAAUAUUGGAGAAAAACAGUUGGUUUUCAUGAUUCUCCAGGCUCUUCCAAUCAAAUAUUCUCAACUGAAGGUGUCUUAUAAUACACAAGGCAAGAGUUGGGAUAUAGAUGAGCUCAUCGCACAAUGUGUUCAAGAAGAGACUCUGCAAAAGCAAGAAUUUUGUGCAAGGAGGAAAGAGGAAGAAAUUCAACAAUGCUGGAAAUAA